GACAGAUUCUAUUUAGACGAGCAGAAGACAAGCUGAGAGUUCCUCAGAUCCCAGGGUGCAUGCACCCUAGGGCCUAGACCCCAUGGCUCAAGACUUACAGUUGAAGCGGUAUCGACCACAAGGUCGAUGGCCGAGGGUUGUGUGGAGGAAAGCUUGUCGGCAACGGAGGACUUCGUCGCGGUCAGCGGCAUUGCCUAAAGUGCCGCGAGCCUCCGUCUCCCAUGACUAGCUCCCUCGUCUUCUGCAUUCCUCGUACACGUUCGUCGCUCUUAUCUACCUAUUUCCCUGGUAGGCCAGACCAUGGGACCUCGCUUGCGCCUCAGACAAAGCCCGAUUCGUAAGCCAGGACAGCUUCGGGAAUGGUUCUGCGCGCCCAGGCGUCAUUGUCAAGCACACUCAGCAGACCUUCUAAGCUCGGCACUACUAGGCCUAUUUUGCGCCCGCCUGCUCUCAGCCGCUAUCUGUGGAGGCGGGCUUCGCCCCACGUUUGUUGUAGGGCGUUAGAGGCGGCCUUCGACACUGCACGAAGCUUGAGGCAUGUGGCGCGGGGCCGUGGCUUAGCGCUGACAUUUGAGCAUGUCCUGAAUACCGCGCGGAUUUCGCGAGAGGGCACACGACACUUGCUUGGGAGGCCGCUGUGCAUGGCGGGAAGUCGGGCACGGCGCGAGCUGGCAACUGCUCGGGAGGAAGUCACCGUCGGAUCAGUCGACAUCCAGCAUGCUAACACAUCGAUGGUGCGAAGAUGAUGCAUGAUUUCGUGCAGUCAUCCUUGCAGACGAGAUAGGCCAGAGGGGCGAUGGUGGUGGCGGAGUAGGACAGGUUGCGAGCGACGCUACCUUCCGAUUGCGGCAGGCUGCUACACGUGCAUGCGGGGGCGGCCAAUCAGGAGGCGCAGGGAUGGUCGUGCGACGCGCACGUUUCUGAGGCACACGACCGCACACGACCAUUUGUCGAGACCGUUGUCGUUCGCAGGGGCAGAUCUCGGCGGAUGCGCGCGAUGGCCUCCUUCCGAGCCCCGAGAGGGUCCCCGUCCAAGCGGCCGAUGAUUAGACUUAUAUAUUGCGACUAGGGUGCCGCGCCCGUUUGCUCGUGUGCCCCGCUUCUUCUCGUCCCGCUCCCUCCCAGCUCUGUGUCCCUGGGAGCGACAUCGCAAGACCAUGUCGUCUGCACCGAAGGAAACCCCGUUAGUAUACGCCGCAAGUUGCAACCCCCCGCGCCGCGCGAAGCGUCAGCGCACGGGGUCGCUCGUCGGUGGAGAGGGACAGUCGCAAGCUGCUGCUGCUUCUCCGACCUCCAGCGUUGCCCCUUUUCAACAACGCCGUGCGCCUGCACGUCCACCUAUUUUGCCCAAGCAGCCCGCGACUGGCCGCGGCUACGCUGACCCAGCGUCGCCUAACUUGGACUCGGGGUCCGACGAAGAAGACGACUACGACCCAGGCCGAGACGCCGCACCCGCCCCCAAACGUCGCGGUCGCAAGCCAGGAACCAUGUCUCGCUCUGCCCGCGAGUCGCUCCGGAAGCUAAACCACUCGCGGAUCGAGAAAGCCCGUCGCACCAAGAUCAACGAGACGCUCGCUACCCUGAGCACGUUCGUCAACGAGCGUGGCCGAGUCCUCGCUUCUCAGAGGCCUGAAGCGGUUGUCGAAGUCCCUGCGGAGGAAAACGGGAAGAAGGCCAAGGGUAAGACUGAGGAGAAAGAGUUCAAGCUGGACGUACUUGUGAAGACGGUCGAGUACAUGCAAGACCUCGUUGCCCGCGUACAGGCGCUCGAAGCGAGGAUGUGCUCGCAGUGUCGCACUCGAGGCGAUAAUCGCGAGGACACAUCCUUGCCCCCAUCCCCGAAACGUAAGCGCGCUGACGAGGAUGAGGCGAUGGUAGACGUGUCCCCACAUCUCACCAGGCGCUCUUACCAGAGGCACGAGGAGGAAGAUUCGUACACCGGCGACGACGAACACGGGCUUGGCGCCGCCGAGGAAGAGCAGCCUUCGCCGAUGCCUUUCGCUGUUCCCAACGCGGCGGCUGCUGAGUCAAAUGCCUCGCCACGCCUUCCUCCGAUCUCCUCGUGGCUGUCUCACCCGUACGACCCGAGCACCCUCAUCUCGAAGUCGUCCAACGCCGUGCCUGCGCGGUCGCCUGCGAACGCCCAGCUGCCCUCGCCCCCACCCUCGGGUCGCUUCCUGCCUGCAAUCACCCUCGCGAACAUGCCUUCGCUCGCCCUCCCUGCCCCCGCGCAUCCGUUCCCUCCGCAGCAGCAGGCAAGUGGGAGCUCGACGACCGCUCGGCAGCAGCACCGGAAGUCUGUCUCGGCCUCGCCCACGGUGUCCCCCACUUGGACGCCCGAGGACGAGACCGCCGCGUCACUGCUCUUGCAGAUGAGCGUGAAGCCGCGUUCGUCCUCGAUCAGUUCGACGUCCGGUGGGGGCUCGUCAGUCUCGUCGCUCCCCAGGAGCGCGAUGAUGCCCAUGACCCCGAGGGAGGAAGUGCCGAUGGCGAAAGACCGCGCGUUCCCUGCUGCUCAGCAGCAGAGGUCGAUGGAAGUCGUUACGCCUGGGUCGCUGCUCGGUAUGAGGGACUGAUGCGGACGGCGGACAGUCGAGCCGUGUAUAUGCGCACCACACACGUUCUAUCGCCAGGUAUAGGAUACCUUCUUCCUUUCUUUCGUGUUCCUUCUCCUUCGGCUUCCUGGUAUCGUGCAAGUAGUCAGCCUUUUCCCCCGAAAUUUGGGUUUUAUGGCGUAACAUUAUGCAUUUCCCUUGGAGUCAGUCAAUGUCGACCGCCGUGUUAGUCUGUAGGAUCUGAGACGUGUGUAGGAUUAGGCUGAGACCGAAAAGAAGUGAACUCUAAUGCAUACACUGUUU